CACACACACAUUUGUUUUGUUGUCAUACUGAGACUUGUUUGGUUAGAAUACUACUUUUUAUUGUUAUUGAAGAAAUCAAAUACAGAUGAAUAUUGAAAGAUGUGGCCACCAAAAGAAAAGAUGAUGUGAUCGAUCCUUAACCCCUAGAAUAUUCUUUUCGGCUUACAUUUGUCACUCAACAUUCCUUCCAAGUUGCAAUGUAGCUUAUUCCUCGCUAGUGCCUUCUGAUGCAACUCCCAUAUAUUUUUGUUAACGUUAAAUCCAACAGAGUAUUAAUAUUGUGGUUUUCACUUUUAACUUUAUCGAUCAAGUGUGUGACUUAAUGGAUAUUGCAACUAUCCCAUGCACAUUUAUUUAUUUUCAUUCUAAUUUGAUAAAUACAAAACUAAUUCAUUUAAUUUAACUUUUUUGGUGGAAAACGGAUUAAUAGGUGGAAUAUUCUUUUAUCUCAUUCCAUUCCCGUGUCUUCUCAACUGCCUAAAUCCCACUAAAAAAAAAAAACAUUUAACAAGCCAACCUAAAUAAUACCCACAUAAUACACCAAGAGUCAUCACCACCGUUGGAUCAGCAUACCUAGUCAAUGUUUGGCACUUAAACGUCAUCAGAUCUAACGGUUCAAAAAACACGAAUCAUAUCAGAUUAGGAUUCUCUCACCUUGCGUCUGAAGGUAAGUAAUAUUCCAAUGGCAUCUUCCUAGAAAAUCCCUAUUCGCCUCUCUCCCUCUUCACCUUCUCUCACUCGUAUAUAUAUAUAUAUAUCACAUCCUUCUUCUCCAUAUUACAUAAUCACACAGAAAUCGAAAAAACAUUACCUAUAGAAAAGUUUCUCUGAGAAUGGCUAACAGAAACAACAUCGUGAUCGUCUUUGAUUUUGACAAGACAAUCAUCGAUGUAGACAGUGAUAAUUGGGUUGUCGAUGAACUUGGUUUCACUGAAUUGUUCAACCAGCUUCUCCCAACAAUGCCUUGGAACUCUCUCAUGAAUCGGAUGAUGAAGGAGCUUCAUGAUCAGGGUAAAACCAUUGAAGAAAUCAAACAAGUCCUUAGGAGAAUCCCAAUUCAUCCACGUGUCAUCCCUGCCAUCAAAUCUGCUCAUGCUUUAGGGUGCGAGCUGAGGAUAGUGAGCGACGCAAACACGUUAUUCAUCGAAACGAUCAUCGAACAUCUCGGGAUUAGAGAGUUUUUCUCCGAGAUUAACACAAAUCCAGGACUUGUAGAUGAACAAGGAAGAUUAAUAGUCUCUCCUUACCAUGACUUCACCAAAUCUUCUCAUGGUUGCUCUCGGUGCCCUCCUAACAUGUGCAAGGGUUUGAUAAUCGAAAGGAUUCAAGCUUCUCUGACCAAAGAAGGGAGGAAGACCAAGAUGAUUUAUCUUGGAGAUGGUGCUGGUGAUUACUGUCCAAGUCUUGGACUCAAAGCUGAAGAUUACAUGAUGCCAAGGAAGAAUUUCCCGGUUUGGGAUUUGAUUAGUCAAAAUCCCAUGUUGGUUAAGGCUACCGUUAGAGAUUGGACCGAUGGAGAAGAUAUGGAGAGGAUACUAAUGGAAAUAAUCAACGAGAUUAUGUCAUUAGAGGAAGAAGAGGACCAGGACAAGAUGUUGAGCUCUGAAAACUGCAAGAUAUCUGUUGGGAUUGUUCAUGAACCGAUGGUGCCUCUUGCUCUUCAAGUUCCUUUGAAUUUGGUUAAGUGAUUGAUGAAAACAAGAAAUUGAAGAUUUUUGUUUUGUUUUCGAAAUAUUCAUCAGGCAAUAUAAUUCAGAAUAUAUGUAAGAUGUCUAAAGAUGAAUGGUUCAUGCACGUAAGUGAAUUAUUUUGUAUACGUAAUUAAGGGAUUUCCUUCGGAGGAUCGCCUAGCUACCUCGGAAGCUUAAUGGGCUCAUUUAUCGUA